UUCCUAUUAACACCGAAAUAAUGAAUCUUUCCAUGAAAUUAAUUUUCGGUUUGAUUUGUAUCAUUUCCGUUUUCAACUCAAUUAAUUCCGCUAGAAUUCUCGGUCUAUUUCCGACACAUUCGAAAAGUCAUUUGAUAAUUCACAGUGCAAUAGCUGAAGCUUUAGCUGAACACGGUCACGAUGUAACAGUUGUAACCAAUCAUCCACCUUCUAAAAAGAAACUUCCGUACCGUUAUAUUUAUGUGGAUGUUCCACCAAUAUCAGCGGAAAUAUUUUCAGAAGCUGUUAAUAAACGACCACCAUUUUACAAAACUAUAACCGCCUUUAUUAAAGGCACUUCGGAAAUAUCAAAUUCAAGCUUGCAUCAUCCUUUGAUGCAAAAAUUAAUGAAGGAAGAGUCUUUCGAUCUGGUUCUUCAUGGAUACUUUUUGAAUGAUUUUCUAUUCGGUGUGGCAGCACAUUUCAAGUGUCCUAUUAUUUUAUCAUUUACAAUGAGACCAUUUACCAAUGUUAAUGAUUUGGUGGGAAAUCCUCAGGAAUAUUCUUAUGUUCCGACUUUGGCGUCCAGUACAAAGCAACCGAUACGAUUUUUUGAUAGAGUGAGAAACUUUAUCUACGUUACGAUUGGAAGAGAACUCGGUUAUCGGCCUUAUUUAAGAUGGACUCAGGAACAGUAUUACAGGGCAAAUUUCCCAUCGGACAAGUUUCCUUCGUUAGAUGCUAUGAUGAAGAAUGUUUCACUUAUCUUUACGGCCACCCAUUUCAGCCAAGGUCCGAUUCGUCCUGAUGUCCCGGCAAUGAUUGAAAUUGGUGGAAUUCAAAUUAAAGAAAAACCUGAUCCUCUUCCCGAGGACAUCAAAUCGAUUUUAGACAAUUCUAAUGAAAACGGAGCAAUCUACUUCAGUCUUGGAACAAAUAUAUUCAAAGGACAUUUGGAUCCUUCCAAAGUCAAGAUUAUAUUCGAAGUCCUUUCGAAACUACCUCAAACAGUUUUAUGCAAAUGGAGUGAUGCCGAGUUUCCCAUAGAAUCUCCGAAUAUAUUUUAUAAAAAAUGGUUGCCACAGGACGAUGUUCUCCAUCAUCAUAAUGUUAAGCUAUUUGUUACCCACGGAGGUUUAGGUGGUGUUGCUGAAUCACAAUAUCAUGGUGUUCCAAUGGUUGGAAUUCCCCUUUUAAAUGAUCAACAUGUAAAUGUGGAGAAUAUGGAAAAUGCUGGUUUUGGUUUAAGUUUAGAUUAUGCGACUUUGACUGAAGAAAGUGUGCGGAAAACGAUUGUUGAAGUUUUAUCAAAUCAGACAUACACGGAUAAUGUUCAACGAUUUUCUAGACUUUAUAAAGAUAGACCCUUGACUGCUAAGCAAACAGCUGUUUAUUGGGUGGAGUAUGUACUUCGCCAUCAUGGUGCACCGCAAUUACAAAGUCCAGCAAUCCAUAUGAAUAGUUUACAGCUAUUGUCACUUGAUGUUAUUGGAUUUUUGCUUGCUAUUUUGUAUGUUGUGUUUAAGAUCAUAAAAAUUAUUUUUUUCUUUGUGGAAGGAUUGUGGUGUAGAAAUAAGCUAAAAAAAGAAUAA